GUAAUUGAUUGUGAGAGCCAGCCUAUCAGAAAACCCACUUAAUGGGUGUUGAACUCGCCUACCUCGGCAAAGGGAGAAAAAUUUACUGCAUCUUGAAUAAGGCCUGAAGUGAAGUGCGUGCUGUACCUUUCGACUCAGCAUAUCUGAUUGGAAAAAUGGCGACAGGACUACUGGACAGCUGGAGGGACUCUAAGACAUUCCGUCCGAAGAAAACGACUCCUAUGGGUAGCAAGGGCCUCACAUUAAAGAGGCAUAUAGACGCUACUUUGGGCCAAGGAAAAGUAAGAGAGGCAGUACGUCUGCCAGCUGGGGAGGACUUGAAUGAGUGGCUCGCUGUCAAUACUGUGGACUUCUACAAUGCAAUCUCGGUGUUGUACAGCACACUUGAUGAGUACUGCGCAGCCUCUUCCUGCCCCAUAAUGUCUGCUGGACCCAAGUAUGAGUACCUCUGGGCAGACGGAGUGAAGGUCAAGAAGCCUGUGCGCUUGACAGCACCGGAGUACAUCAAUGCCCUGUGUGAUUGGAUUGAAACACAGAUUGAUGACCCAAGGCUCUUUCCCCAGCAUUAUGGAGAACCAUUCCCGCUCAAGUUCAAAGACGUCAUUGACAGCAUUUUCAAGCGGCUUUUCCGGGUGUAUGCACACAUCUAUCACUCGCACUUCAAGCACAUAUGUGCCCUGGGGGAGGAGGCGCACCUCAACACCUGCUUCAAGCACUUCAUGUACUUCACUGAGGCGUACAAUCUUAUACAGCCGAAGGAGUUGGCCCCUCUACAAGACCUCAUCACGCAAAUGCUGAGCACUUGA